AUGCUUGAUUGGUAUAGAAAGAAGGAUCCUAAGGCUGCACUUGUGAUAGCUGAGAAUGCUCCAGGGAAUAAUCAAAUUAAUUGUCCAACAAUUCAAAAAGAUUUGGUAAGGGCUUGUGCAGAGGAGACAAGUGAAUUAAUUAAGAGUGAAAUUGGAGAUCGUUGGUUUGUGGUGCUUGUUGAUGAGGCUCGUGAUGCAUCAAUUAAGGAACAAAUGGCCGUGGUUGUGAGGUUUGUCAAUGAUAAAGGAAGUGUGAUUGAGAGGUUCCUUGGCCUACAACAUGUUUCUGACACCACAUCAUCUUCACUGAAGGAAGCAUUGGUUUCUAUGCUUGCAAGAUACGGGGUUAUCUAUAGCCAAGUUGUCAAUAUUAUUAGUGCUUCUUGCAAGAGAAAGGAUCAACUUCUCCAAAAACACCAUGAUACUCUUGUUCAGCAAUUAGAUAGUGGUGAAAUAUCUCCUGGGAGAGGGAAAAACAAAGAAACUAGUCUUGCUAGGCCUGGUGAUACACGAUGGGGUACACAUCACAAAACAUUAGUACGUCUUAUGCUCAUGUGGGAACCUGUGCUUGAGGUGUUAGAGAAUAUUAGUGAUGAUGGUACUGAUGGGGAAAAAACUAUAGCAUCUGGAUUGAUAGAAAAAAUGGAGUCAUUUCAAUUUAUGUUCAUAUUGCAUCUGAUGAUUAGAGUAUUGGGGACAACUCAAGACCUAUCACAAUGUUUGCAAAAGAAAAAUCAAAACAUUGUUCAUGCAAUAGGAUUGAUUGGUUCUGUGAUGAGAAAUAUAAAUGCCAUGAGGGAAAAUGGUUGGGAUGAUCUUUUAGAGAAGACAAAAGCCUUUGCUGCCAAGCACAAUAUAGACAUUCCUAAUAUGGAAGAUAUGAUACCAAUGAGAGGUCGUUCAAAAUGUCGUGGAGCCAAAUAUGUGACCUACUACCAUCAUAUUCAUCAUGGGAUUUUCAAUGUUGUCCUUGAUCAAAUAAUUUGUGAGUUGAACAAUCGAUUUCCAGAAAGAUCAACUCAACUAUUGAGAUGUGUUGCUUGUCUUGAUCCGACAAAUGAGUUUGCCAACUUUAAGAUAGAGAAAUUAGUUGAGCUUGCUAAGAUUUAUUAUGCUGACUUUAGUGAUUAUGAAUGUGAAAAGCUAAGAACUGAGCUUGAAAAUUUCAUGGAUGAAGUCAAACAUGAUGAAGAAUUUUGCUCUUGUAUUGAUCUUGGUGGCCUUGCUGAGAAGAUGGUUAAAACUGAUAGACAUACAUAUUUUCCUUUGGUGUAUCGCCUCAUUGAGCUUGCAUUGAUAUUGCCCGUGGCAACAAAGAAUAGAUUGAAAGAGCCUUCUCUCGCUAUGAAUAUUAUCAAGACCGAUGGGAGGAAUAAAAUGAAUGAUGAUUGGAUGAAUAAUAGCAUGAUAUGCUAUAUUGAGUGGGAUUUGUUUGCAUCCAUUGAAGAUGAUAAAAUUUUAAAGCGCUUUCAAGGCUUAAGAAACCGUAAGAUAAACUUGCCACCUAAGGUCCCAAGCAACAGCAGCAACUUCUUCUCCACGAUAUCCACACGUGAAGGGAUGAAACGCCAUGAUGCUGUUGUGCUAGCACCGCGAGCCCAGCGAGAGCAAGGGUGGCGGCAGCGGCUUGGGUACUCGCAACCCUAG